UUCCUAACGCGCUUUCACCGGCCCCAUCUCUCUUCGAUGAAACGCCGAUGAAACAGCUUCCCCUUAUGUGUCUGUCUCUCAGAGUUUGAUGCGCGCAUGGCAGCCCAACUUCGGCCUUCUGAAAGUCGGUGCCGCUUCAUCCACGCAUCCGUAAUCUCUUUGCCUUGCUCGCAGCAACGCAACACGGAGUGAUUGCCACUUCUGCUAGCGGAACCGCCCCGCCCGGCGUGGUUUCUUGUUGGAAGCAUCGGUAAUGCCGCAGAAGCGGCAGCAGCAGGAUGACGGCAAGGCCCCGUCGGAGGGCACCGCAUCCGAAGACGACCGCGGCAAGCGUCUCGAUACUAGAAAAAUUCAGCUUUUUAUGGAGCCAUGGAUUCGUAGAGUUGUUAAAGAAGAAGUUGAAUCAGCUUUAAGAAAGUAUUUGACUGGUAUGGAGCAGAAUUGCACGACAGAGAUACAUUCUGUGGAACCAAGAGCAUUACAGUUACAGUUCCUAACCGGAAUCUCUCUUCCUGUGUUCACUGGAGCCCGUAUUGAAGGAGCAGACUGUAACCCAUUGAAAGUGGCUCUAAUUGACGACGUUACUAGAGAAGUUGUUUACACUGGACCUGAAUCCUCAGCAAAGGUGGAAAUAGUGGUUCUUGAGGGAGAUUUUGAUGCUGAUGAUGGAGGUAAUUGGACACUUGAAGAGUUUAAGAAUAACAUAGUUCGAGAAAGGGAAGGGAAGAAACCCCUACUCACUGGGGAUACCCAAUUGAAUCUCAAGGAGGGCACUGGUUUGGUGAGGGAGAUUUAUUUUACAGAUAAUUCAAGCUGGACAAGGAGCCGUAAAUUUAGAAUGGGCGCAAGAGUUGUGGAUAAUUUUGAUGGGAUCAGAAUAAAGGAAGCGAAGACACAAUCAUUUAUUGUCAAGGAUCAUCGUGGAGAAUUGUACAAGAAGCACCAUCCCCCAUCUCUACGUGAUGAAGUAUGGAGGCUGGAAAAAAUUGGUAAAGAUGGAGCUUUCCACAAGCGUUUGAGUGAGGAAAAAGUCAGCACUGUGAAGGAUUUUCUUAGACUGCUCUUUAUGGACCCAACAAGGCUUAGAAAUAUCCUUGGCAUGGGUAUGUCUUCUAAAAUGUGGGAAACUACCGUUAACCAUGCUCGGACAUGCAUGCUAGAUCCAAGUUUGUACUUUUACUGCCCCCCUGGGUCUGAGUCGAAAACUGGUGUGGCUUUCAAUAUUGUGGGACAAGUGAAGGGACUAGUUUAUGAAUGCAAAUAUGCUGAUAUUGCUAGGCUGUCUGAAUCUGAGAAGGCUGAGGCCUGUAAGUUGGUAACCGCCGCAUUCAAACAGUGGGAGGAUGUGAUCUCCUUCGAUGAUGAGGCUGCUCUUAGUGAUGGCAUGUCAAGCUUCUUCAAUGACGGUCCAUGCUCCAACUCAGCCACAGUGGAGACAUCUCUUGAUUCUAAGAGUUUAACUUCUCAAUCGAUUGACAUAUUCAAUUACCCACAAUCAAGUGCGUGUUCUCCAGAUAUCAUCCCAUCCGUUUACCCCAAGGGGAAUAGCUUGGAUGAUCUUAGCGAGUAUAGUAUCGACAACACUGAUCCCCUCCAAUCUCUAACCUUCGCCGAUGAAGCUGCACCAUCCUUGAUCUGUGAAACUGAGUCCUUCACUCAAACCUUUCUCGGGAAUGAACAACUGCAGUACUUUCGUGCUGAUACCAGCCUCGAAUCGCGAGCUGAUACCAGUGUGGUUGAUGGCUUCCUAUUGUCUCGCCCCCAUAGGAGAUGGACAAUUUUAUUCAGUGUUCUGAGGUGGUUCUCUGUAAGGAGGAUUUUGCGAACAAGAAAAAGAACCAUGUCAGGGAAACAUAAAGAGAGAGAGAGAGAUCCGGUUGAUGGAUGAACCAGAGAACAAAAUACUUCAUCUGAAUGCAAAUCUGUGUUUCUUGUGCAGUUGCAAUGAAGGAAAAGCGAGUUUUCUUGAGGUUCUAUACAGCUAGGAAGGAAGGAUGUUUGGGAAUUAAGUUUUGUCUCUUUGGUUACUUUGUAAAGUCUUGAUGUUUAUAAUAGCUGUGGGAUUGUGGAUAUCAACAGCAGCCAGCAGCAUUCUGAUAGUUUGUCAAACCAAGCUGCAACACAUUCAGUUAGCCUUUGUGCCAUAUAUCUUCAUCCUGAAUGGGGAAUGGGGAAGCUUUUGGUUGCUAGAUGAGUGUCAAAGCCUGCCCUUUCUUUUUUAUCUGAAAUCAAUUCCCCACGAGUAUAUUAAUGUAUCUGCCAUAACUUUCCUUGCCUUUAACUAUAUACCAAAUCCCCAUUGUCAUAUCAACCCCGUUAAUUUUCUUGAGGGUUC